UAGCGAGCGUCAUGGACACGUAAGCCUGGAGAGUAGCUUAGCAGAUUGGAUCAAAAAUAACCAUUGCGUUAAAACAAUUUGAUUUCCCAGAGCUGGUUUCUAACCAGUGACAUCUCGUGUGAGCGGAGAGAAUGACGCCUAGCUGAACCCGGACGCCAUGGAGAAGUUUGGCAUGAGCUUUGGGGGCGGCCCCAGCAAGAAGGAGCUUUUGGAAACCAUAGAGACGCAGAAGAAGCAGCUGGUUCAGUACCAGACCCGCUUCAAGGACGUCGUCAGGGCGUACAAAAGCCUGCUGAAGGAAAAGGAUGCUUUGGAAGCCAGUCUGAAGGUUCUGACCGUGUCUCAGGAAGUGGACCUGAGCCUGCGUGGCGAGGCCCCGCCUGGGGGGGGUCCUAACCUGGACAGACGCCCCUCAGACCUGGGCGAUGACAAGUGCUCCCUGCACAGCGAGGACAGCAUCGACACGGCGGCCUCGGCAGACACCGCCACCAGCGUGACGAGCAGCAGCACCAAGGGGGACGUGCUGGAGGAGGAGCGCGGCGCUGGGGAGGCCGGAGCGGCCGCCUCCUCUCAGAGGUGCGAGGAGGCCAGCGGCUCCGAGAGCGGCAUCAGCUCCAGCAGCGGGGAGCAGCCGGCCGCCGGCGAGGCAGACCGCCGCCUCCUGCAGCUCAAGGCCCAGCUGUCCACCCUGACCAGCUCCCUGGCCACCGUCACGCAGGAGAAGUCCCGCAUGGAGGCCUCCUUCCAGGCGGACAAGCGCAAGAUGAAGCAGGACCUGGAGGAGCUGCAGGGGAAGCUGGAGGAGGCGCGGGUGCAGCAUGAGGCGGAGCUGAAGGGGCUGCAGGAGCAGCUGGCGGAGAGCAAGGCCCGCGUGAUCACCCAGCAGCACGAGCGGGCGCAGGAGCAGGGGGACCACGCCGUGAUGCUGCGGGAGCUGCAGAGGCUGCUGCAGGAGGAGAGGGAGCUGCGGCAGGACGCCGAGCUGCAGCUGGAGGACGCCAAGGAGGUGCUGCUGGAGAGGAGCAUGGCAGCGGACCGGGGCGCCGAGUACGAGGAGCGGCUCAAGCAGGUGUCCAGGGAGAAGGAGGAGAUGAGGAGGAGCCUGCAGGCGGCGGAGGCUGAGAGGAGCAAGCCCGACCCGCGAGUGGAGGAGCUGCAGCAGGAGAUAGCCGAGCUCAAGGCCCACUUUCAGCUUCAGCUGCUGCAGGAGAUACGCAAGGCCACGCAGGCGGAGGAGCGGCUGCAGGAGCAGGCGCAGCUGGAGGAGGCCCGGGUGGCCAGCCUGGAGGAGCGAGUGUCCCAGCUGUCUGAGCUGGUGGGCACCUGCGAGAGGGCCAAGCUGAAGGACCAGCAGACAGCGCAGAGGCUGCGAGACCGCAUUCUGCAGCUGGACACUGAGAACAAGACGCUGGCCAUCGCUGCCUCCACCCGGGCCUCCGCCGCCGACCUCGCCAUCGACGAGGCCAGCCUGGACGUCAACGUGCUGAAGGACAAGCUGGAGACGGUGAAGAGGCUGCUGCUGCUGGCGUCCCAGCGGUCCCAGCAGCCCCUGGAGAUCGAGAAGCUGGGCGAGGCGGAGCAGGGGCGGGAGGGCGAGAACGAGCCCUCGGACGGGGAGAAGGCCUCCGCCCUCUACUACCAGCAGGAGCUGAAGCAGCUGAAGGAGGAGUUCGAGCGCUACAAGGCACGGGCGCAGGCCGUGCUCAAGAACAAGAACGCCAAGGACGGUAACGUGGCCAAGGAGCUGGAGGAGGCGCGGGAGCAGCUGGCGGAGCUGAAGGAGAAGUACAUCAGCCUGCGGAUCCAGUGCGACGAGGCGGAGGCGGCGCACCGGCGCGAGCUGGAGGCGCGGCAGCAGCAGGCCAGCAGCCUGCAGCAGAGCCACCGGCAGGAGCUGGAGCGGCUGGAGGCGCAGUUCCGCGACAGCUCCCUGCGGCUGGAGGAGGAGCUGCACAAGCAGAGGGACCGCACUCUGGCCCUGUUGGCCGAGAAGGACCUGGAGCUGGAGAGGCUGCGCGGAGCGGCCGUGGGGUAUGGCCUGGUGGGGCGCAAAGCCCCGAGCGAGGCCAGCGUCGUGGAGGUGGACGGCGCCGAGGACUCCCCCCAGGACCUGGUGGCCCAGGCGCUGAAGCUGGCAGGGCCCAACGAGCCCACGCUGCUGCUAUACGCCGAGCAGCUGGCCCGCAAGGAGGUGGAGCUCAGCGCUCUCAGGAGGCAGAAACACCGGCUGGAGGGGGACCUCCACCAGAUGCAGGACAAGCUGAUCGCCAACGGCGAGCGCUAUGAUGAGGAGGUGUCCGAGCUGCGCGACCGGCUGGAGAAGCAGGCCCGUGACCAGAGCCGCGAGGGGGCCAACCUGGAGUACCUGAAGAACAUCAUCUACAGGUUCCUCACCCUCCAGGAUGCCAGGGGGCGCCAGCAGACACUUACCGCCAUUCUCACCAUUUUACACUUCAGCCCCCAGGAGAAGCAGGCUGUGAUCAAGCAGCAGGCCUUGAGCUGGUGGAGUGCAGGGAAGAGGUAACAGGUGCCUGGCAUUAUGGGAUAGCUGAUUAUGGGUUUGCAGGGCAUCAUUGAUGAUUUGUGACCAUUCAUAGAUAGAAUUCUAAAUACAUGCCUUUUCAUGGGCGUAGACAGUUUAUUAUUUUCCAGUAUCUGGGUGGUAGUCUCAUAUUUUACAGGCAUUCUUUAACGUGGGGGAAUUUUUGAUUUCAAUUAAUAUUUCCUCCUAUCCUGUGCCAAAUAAAUUGGAACUGAUUUACCAUUUACCAUGGUUUAAGACAUGAAGUUCCAUUCUUGUGCCUCUAGAGGGCACUGAAAUAUUUUACUUUCACAGAAGCUUCUUUAAUUUGGGUAUGAGGACAAACUUGGAAUGAGGAAUGAGAUGCCGAUUCGGAGUGUUUACUGGUUAUGUACCAUAUUGCUCUUACAAUGGUACAGCACCAGAUUAAUCAGAUGCUUGAGAUCUGUUCCCAAUUAAAUCAGCAUUUCAUGAGCGUCUUUCAUGACUUUCUUUGGUUCACGUUGUUUGAUUUGGAAACGGACAGAAGACAACAGUUCAGUGCGAUAAUGACAGCAAAGCAGUAGCUGAAAUGGGCAGCACUCAGGAGGGUUAAUGCUGUUCCAAGCACACUGUCAUGAAGCUGUAUUUAAGAUCCCACCUUUUCCCCCAAACAUGAGGUAGAUGUGGAAUGGAGCAAUACUUACAAUAUAAAUCAGAGGAGAAAUGUCACACAAGACAGAGCAGUCAGUAGUAAUCAAUCAGAACAAAUUUCCUCAUCUCCAGUGGCGGACCAUAUUCGUUUGCGGUACCAAAGGCCAUAUCGUACCAGGGUUCAGUGGGUUCAGCUGUGUAUCACCUAUACCUCAGAUUAGGUGAAUAAAAUCAUUCUCUAGGUUAUUGAAAGGUAAUGAAGACACUGCAGACCCUGUUGUGUGCAGGUGCAUGAUUUUGUUCCCAGCUCUAGCACUCCAGGCUGGUCUUAUGUUACAUUCUAUGUAUUUGCUUGGUAGACACCCUCAUCCAGGACAACAUACAUCAUAAUGUCACCCAUCAUUGUAUGCAUCACCCUUUAUGUGGGGAUAUUUAAUGUAGCAAAGCACCCCUCUUUCCAGGGGUGCUUGAGCCCAGCUGGGAACUGAACCCGCAAGUGUCUGCACUUCCUCCUGGCUUGUGUCAUUGUCACCGUUUCCUGCUGGAAAUCAUUGCAGUGCUGUAGUCCACUGCCUUUGGGACUCAACUCUCUCUCUCUGUUUCAUGCCAUUUCACCACACUAUGUACUGUUCAGGUAAACUCUUACACUGUUGCCUGAGAGAAGCCCUUCUUUGUGUAUCUGUUGUUCUGUUGAGGUUUGUUUGUUCUUUAACAUUCAGAUUCAGAGAGAGAGAACGUGUAUAUUCCAGAUACUUCACACAUCUGAGAUUAACAAGGGUGGUGGUCUGACAGUGAAACCUUGUGAAAAUGCUUGGUUGGACAGAUGAAGCCUUUAUGUGAUUAUGCCCCAUAGCCUUGUUUGCAUAGCACGUUCUGGAAAAUGCUAAUACUAAAGAAAAAGCCCUGAUUGGAUAAAAAUAUUAACUGAUGAAAAGAACUGUCUUUUCUUGCUGACUAAUGAAACGAGACAACGACCAAAAUCCUAACCUUGGUUGUGAAUUGUAAGAAUUUUGAAUAUGGAGGUUGGUCAUCGUAAGUGAGCUCAACUACAUUCCUUACAAUGCAAAUUUAAAAGACCACGGAGACUGUAGACUGCUAUAGCUGUUAUUUAUUAUUAUAACUUAAAUUGGUUUAAUGUGCUCUUUUUAUUAAAGGAAAUAAUUGAAAAUGUGUAAAAGCAAUGCUGCAAUGAAAACUGCCAAAGUUAUUAUCGGGUUUCUCAUUUUCCCUCCUAGCAUCAGGCAGGAAGUGUUGCAUCAGCGGUAACUGAUGAGGUUUUUCUGCUGUUUGAUUUAUGUGUGAGGACUGAAACUGACAUACAUAACAUGUGACAACAUUAAAAGGAUCUUUAUUUUUUUGGGAGUAACUGAACACAAAAGGCAGGCAGCCUUAAAGUGUUAUGUACGCUUUUUUCAGAGCAUUUCAGAGUAUUUGCAUUAACAAAGGUCAGAUAUCUGUUUAUACACCAGAGUGUUGUGUUAAACUGCUUCAUGUUGGAUUUUUUGUAUAUAAUUGUAUGGUUUUUCUGUCCUCAGACUCUGUAUUAAUCAGAUAUUCUUUACCUAAA